GACACAUGCAAAGGUAACAAUCACUAUUUGGUAUAGCGACGAGUGGACAGCAAAUGAACAUAUUCGCAGUUGUGUGAUAUGUUGCAAAAACGGACAAGCGAGUGGAUACGGGUGUUUAAUGUAUUUCGUAUUCAUCUUGUUCGCGAGAAGUUCUUAUCGUCGUAUUUCUGUGAAUAAGAUAAAAUAUGACGAUGUGAUGAAAUAUGAAAUAAAAAGCAUAAACAAAAUUUGAUGAAAAGGUCUUCGUUACCACGUCAUACCAAACAUAACAAUCAUCUUGAUUCUCGGUGUCAUGUGUCAACUUGUCAAGUGCAAGUAAAGUGCCUGGGUACUGGGUUGGGUUAAUUUCGCAAUUACACAAUAAAGUGACAAUAAUUUUAAAAGUAGUGCUAAGUUUUUAACAGGCGACUGCCCAUUUUACUGAAUACUGGAUAGUUAUACUUGUGAAAAUGGGAGAUUCGUGCCAAGCAUGCCUAACAAGGGUCCCUCACGCUACGUUGAUAGCUACGAUUAUGUGUUGUUUAGGUGUAGGAGUGUUUUGUGGGACUAUGUACCGAGGAUCAGCACUUUCUAUUCUCAUGUUCGACGAGGUUUUUCACUUCCGCCUUAUAUGGAUCGAAGCUCUGCAGAUGAUCUUUAUUGUUGGAAGUGCAUGUAUGGCUGCUUUAGGCUUUAUGCUCUUAUGCCUAGGAUGCCUGACAACAGGCGCAACUAGACAAAGAGUGUACCGAGCUUGGAGAGCUCGAGUCGGCGGUCGGAUAUCUUGUGCAAUCUUUAUGAUUAUUACUUACAUUUUAACUUUUGUCUGGCUUAUACUACUUGGAUUUUUAGUGAUCACAACAUUCUUAUUUACAAUUUUCUGGAAACUCUGUUCUAAGCCCCGAAAUAUUGACCUUUCAACAUGUAUCGAUUUUACUCAAUUUGAUUUUAUGUUUCCAUCAUCUGUAAAGCAAGAAGAUAUGAGAAUAUGUGAAGCACACAAAGUCAAACUGUUUUGUAAAGACUAUGUUGAGAAAGCUGAAUUCAUGUUUAUAUUGGCUAUGGUGUCAUGUGUACUGGUUAUUUUGAGUUUGGUGCAUUACUUAAUGUGCCUAUCUGCAAAUUAUGCUCACAUCAGAGACCACGAGAAGUUCCAGGAAUUGCAAGAGUUGCAGUAUUUGACCAACCCAGACUUACAUGCCUCUAAAGACAGAUUCUAGUAUAUGGCCCGUGCGCCAUUGCUGCGCUCACUGGAGGCCACUACAAAAAUGUGACCGAAUAAUGAAGUUAUUGCAUUUUAAUGUGUAAAACAAUCAAAAAUUUAAAGACUGAUAUAUUCAAUGCACACGAGAGCUAAAGAUUGUUACAUAUCAAAUCAAUUGGGCUGCUACUGAUAAUAGCACAGUGUACUUUGGUGCAUAGUGUUAGUGUUUGAAAUAUAGCAUAAGUUAAGUAUAGUUUUAAACAUUCCCUUAAAUAUAAGUUGUUAGUUCACUUAAGCUAGAAUGUUUAGAUAGUUAAUCCAAAAUUGGUUAAAUUGCAUUUAUAAGGCCUGUAGGUACUUGCAUUUAUAGUACAAAUGGAAAUUAAUGAAUAAUUUUUAUAUUUAUUGUAAGAAAAUCAGUACAUUUACUAUGAGUAUAGUGUUACAUUUUGUUAUAGUGGAACCAAGAGCAGCAUUUUCACGUUUGCAGAGAAUAUUUUCAAUAUUUAGAAUAUAUUUGUCACAAAAAGCUUUUAAUUAUAUUUUAGUCCAGUCCGUUCAGAUCUGAGUGAUGAUUGAGCGACUCUCUCCAAUGUGACUGUAUCAUAUUCAAAACCGGUCUGUCGCGACCGUCUCAAUUUGGCCGCUUAACACAGUGACUGUGUCACUAACAAUUAUUUAUAUUAAUAUUAUAUAUUCAUCCUUUUUUAGGAAUCUCAACAAAUUUUUGUCCUCUUUUAAUUAUUUAGUUUGUUUCAAUUAACAUUGUUAUGUGAACAUCACCUGCUAGAUCCCUAGAUGAAAUAGGAAACUGUGAAUGAGGCCAGAGUCUAAUUUUAUGCCCAAUGUUCAAAAUAAAUAUCUUUUUCUCUGCAAACAAUGUAGUGCAGUUGCAUCGAAUUUGAAAGAAAUCCAGUAUUUGGUAGCAGCUAGAUAGAUAUAUUUCAUGAUUGUACCUAGCAUCCGAAGAAAGCAAAACUGAUAGUAAGGGUACUUGUUAUCACAAUACUAAGAUAUAGAAAAAAAUAAGUUGAUCCGGAAUCAAACCAGAGUAGGUAUUCUGUACUCUGAGACCCUAUUUUUUCCUCUCAUUUAUGGUUAUCAAAACUGGUCUUCCUCUAUGAUUAUUGGAACUGCUGGAUUAUUGGAUUUGUAUGGGAAAUAAUAAAUUAAUAAGUUUUAAAAUAACUAUGGUUUUUAAUAAACUCAUACACACUUAGUUUACGAAAUUUAGUAUAGAAUUUCUUAAUUAAAUACUUUUACAGGCACAUUAUUAAUAUAAUCUUUCAAUUUUGUAAUCUUUUAGUAUUUGUUUCAAUUAUUAAACUUUAUAUAAAUUCAAUAAUAUAAGUAUUUUAUAGAAAUUCUCGGACAGUAUUUUUUAGUUCAGCAUGGUACAAUUUGUCCACAAAUUUAAAAUUCUAUUCUUUAUACUGUGGCUUUUGUGGAAAGUCUGCACAAUAGAGCCAAUGUCAGGUUGAGGUUCGCUACCAAGUAAUGAGUAAAGGUACAGUGUUGAGGAGUAUUCUGUUGCUCAGUAUAAUGGACAUAUUCACAAGUGGAUUCCUGGCUUGGAAAGUUUAGUCUUUGGCACCCUCUGAUAGAUGGAGUGACAAUAUGUGCAGAGUUAGCGCAGCGGCUAGAUUAUCAACUUGAGAUUGACUUGUAUUGGUAUAGGCCUAUGUGUAGAAGUGGACUAAUACAGGCUGAUAAUGAUGAUUAAUGUUCUUUGUAUUAUCAUAAAAUUAAUAAGCUAAGCUACAAUUUUGUUUAUAGUUUCUAAUGUUGUUUUUGAAAAGGUUUAUGACAAUAAUACACAAUCUUCACAAUAGAGACUUUAAAGACAAUGUAUUUAGUUUAAGAUUUAGAUUUCUUAGUUUGAGCACUGCAAUCUUGUACUAUUUGUAUUAAACUGUUUAUUUUUAA